UCGGACGCUGGAGCACAUCCCUUUUCUUUUCUUCCUCUUCGGGAAUAUUCUUGACACAAGUGUCUAGACAUGGUGGCUUUCUUUUUUUAACACUGGAUCCGGAAUGCCAGAAUUAUAGUCUUUGAAAGGAUGCCGUUUGUUUCCUUGUAGAUUUACUUGUUCCGCAUUGCGCACAAGCCGUAUUUGGAUUAUUUCACAUUUCUGUUUUUUUUUUUUUUUUUUUUAUCAUUAUGAGCUGUUCUGGUAAAUAAAUUUCCAUUCCACAAGUUCUCCACCGCCAUUCCUUCACACUUCUGGACCCCCGAUGAGAGAUCUCGCAAGUGGAUCCAGAUUUUUACGCAGCCAGUCCCCGGAUAGUAACGUCCGUGUGGGUGUCACCGGUCCACGCCGCUCAGGAGUGCACAGUCCCAGACUUGAGUCUUGUUCGUCACCGCUAGAGCCGUCACGCCAGGACAAAAGGCUCCCCAUCAGGAUUGUAAAGAUGUUGACGGCGCACAGCGGCCAUUUGCUCCACCCGGAGUACCUUCAACCUCUCCAGUCCGCUCCUGUUAGCAUCGAGCUGGAUGCCAAAAAGAGUCCUUUAGCUUUGCUGGCUCAGACCUGCUCUCAAAUCGGCAAACCGGAGCCUCCCUCCUCUUCCAAGUUGGCCUCCCUCUCCUCAGGCACUUUAGGAGACAAGGAUACCACAAGCCGUUCCUCCAAGCCAGGAGAUCAGCACCAGUCCUCAGAUGACAAGUCCAGUUUCAAACCUUACUCCAAGUCAUCAGUCGACUCCCGUAAAGACGUCCAAGUGUCAAAGGGGACUUCAGAGAAAGCAUUCAGAGGAGUGGCUAAUGGAAGCUCGAGUUCUUGUACAUCGUUUCCACCACAUUCCAAAUCACCGAGCUCCCCUCCGCCGCACACCCAGAACCAACCUCAAAGACAAAGCCAUUCCCCGGCUACGCAACCGCAGGCCCCACAUAUGGACGGCAAACCCGCGAAUUUGGAGCAACCGUGUUCGGAUGUUAGCAAUGGCGCUGAUAAAAAAGACUCCGACGCAGCAAAACCGGCGAUGGACGGUGCUCACUUAGCCAACUCCAGUCACGUACGCGCCAGCGCUAACUCCAGUAAUGCUAGCGCUGCUAGCAGUCCGAGGCCUGAGAGCAAAUCUGACACACCGGCCUCGUCUCAAGCUAACCUGGUCUCCGGUCACAUUGCCCCCGUGUCCCCUUUUAAACCAGGACAUUCUGUUUUCCCGUUGCCUCCGGCGUCGAUGGGCUACCAUGGUUCCAUAGUUGGAGCCUAUGCCGGGUACCCGUCGCAGUUUGUUCCUGCUUUGGAUCCUACCAAGUCUAGUUUGGGGUUAGGACUUCCGAGUAAACACCCCAGUUCUAGUCCGCUCACUGGAGCGUCUCCGCCGUCGUUGAUGCAGGGCUUAUGUCGGGACCCUUACUGUCUGACUUACCCCAACGCACAUCACUUAGGGGGGAGUAACUGUUCCACUUGUGUCCAUGACCCCUCCAGUCUCAAGUCUGGUUUCCCCCUAGUGUACCCUUCGCACCAUCUGCACUCUUUGCACUCUAACUCCUUAUCUUCCAGCACCACCCCGUCCCUCUCGCACCCCCUUUAUACGUAUGGUUUCAUGGUCCCCAAUGAAUCGCUACCCCAUUCGUGUAACUGGGUGUCCGUCGGAGGCCCCUGUGAUAAGAGGUUCGCUACGUCAGAGGAGCUGCUCGCCCACUUGCGUACCCACACGGCUCUACCCGGCAUGGUGGACAGUAAGCUCUUGUCAGCGUAUCCUUCAUCCAUAUCAUCAACAGCUUCCUGUCAUCUUCAUCUCCCACCGCCCAGCAGCCCAGGGUCCUUACCCAACUCCUUCUCUCUGCGCGGAUCCCCUGGUUUGGGCCUGGCCCGCUACCACCCUUACAGCAAAUCCCACCUCCCCGGAACCCCCGGACUUCCGAUACCAUCUCUACCGUCCUCAUCGGCUUACUACUCCCCGUACGCUCUGUAUAGCCAGAGACUGGGCUCUGCGUCAGCUCUUGGGUACCAGUGAUGUCAUAAAUAUCUUCACAGACUGAAGGCACCACCAGCUUGACAUCUUCACAGCAACCCUGAAGAUAGAUUUAAUGGAGAUGUGUCUUUAGCUUCAUGCUUUGGAAUACCACCUUUCAUAGCCUCAGGACUGGGACUGGUGCUGCAAAAAGGCUACAGGAUGGAUUUUAACGCCACAUGAAGAUAUUAAUGACACCAAUAAUCAGAACACAAAAGUCUGUAUUUAUUUUUUUCACAUAAGCGCUUGCUAUUCAACUCUGGGUUUUUUUUUUAACCGUUCAAAUACAUUGAAAUAAACAGAACAAUUUAAUUAUAUUAAUUACCAUAAUGCCUAUUGUCACAGCAACUUCUUUUGUUAUUAUUAAUUUCUGAUCUUUUAUUGUCAUUUUUUUUUUAAGGCUUAAUCAGACUGUGCAUGUUGGUGAGAAUGAUCUUGAACAAUUGCUAUUAUUUUUAUUUGUAAAUAUGCAAAGAUGUAAUAUUUUUUCAAGCCUAUGUCGUGUAUGGGUCGUGUCGGGUUCCAUGAUGGUACAAAAAUAAGUUCAUAGGUCAAAUCUGUUAAUAAGGACUGUACUAUCCAAGCAACAGGGCAAAGUCUUAUUUUAUUAAAUAAACGAUGAUUGCAUAUUGAACAUGUUUUCUCUCAUUUACGUAUAUUAGUAAUGAAUAUACAGUAAACCUCGGAUAUAUCGGACUCGGAUAUAUCGGAAAUUCGCUCACAACGGACAGAUAAAAAAGAACCAAUUUUUUUGUAAUGCAUUUCCAAUAAAAAUUCAUUGCAUAUAUCGGGGCGGCACGGUGGUCUAGGGGUUAGCAGCUAGGAGACCAGGGUUCAAUUCCACCCUCGGGCAUCUCUGUGUGGAGUUUGCAUGUUCUCCCCGUGCAUGCGUGGGUUUUCUCCGGGUACUCCGGUUUCCUCCCACAUUCCAAAAACAUGCUAGGUUAAUUGGCCACUCCAAAUUGUCCAUAGGUAUGAAUGUGAGUGUGAAUGGUUGUUUGUCUAUAUGUGCCCUGUGAUUGGCUGGCCACCAGUCCAGGGUGUACCCCGCCUUACGCCCGAAGACAGCUGGGAUAGGCUCCAGCACCCCCCCGCGACCCUCAUGAGGAAAAAGCGGUAGAAAAUGAAUGAAUGAAUGAGUGAAUGCAUAUAUCGGAUUUUUUAUAACGGAUUUCGCCUAUUUCGGACAAAAUCUCCAGUCCCGUUCCGAUGCAUUUCCAUUAAAUUUCCCUCGCAUAUAUCGGAUGGCCGCAUCGUGGCGCUCCGAUUCGCCGAAUCGUGACAGGCCCGCUAUACGACGUCAUUUGCAGCGUUUGCAGCGUUGCCUGCGCGUCCAGGUACAUUGGAAACAUAGUCAAGGAAGUGCCUUUUUAUAACGGAUAAAAUCCGAUUUACGCAUAUAAAUCCGAUAUAUGCAUAAAACGGACAUUUUCCGGUAUACGCAUAUAACGGAUUUCGCUUAUAAUCGGACAAAACCAGUGGGAACAAUUGAAUCCGAUAUAUCCGAGGUUUACUGUAUACAAUAAAACAAUGAUUCCCAACCAAUGUGCUGUGGCACGUCAAAAUAAUUAUUGUGUAUUUGCUGCAAAUAUGUCAAUAAUUCAUGUUGACAGGCUUCUGCUAAAAGAUACACAAGAUACAUAAUGAACCUGUUUCCGGUCAUAAAUCAUUUUUUGUUUGAUGGUGUGAUGUUUAUUAUGUAA